UCAUAUCGGUGGACAUGAUGAUGGAUAAAGGAAUGAAGAUCAUCCAAUUUUCUGGAAAAUAAAAAUUAUUAUUUAGAAGAGAGAUGCUAAAGUGUCAGAGAUAGCACAUAAUAACCUACUUCAUCUUAAGUAUCGAUUGAUAAAGUUUUCUUAAUUUUAUAAGUCUUAGUUUUAAUAAUAUAUUUCUGAUUUCGAUUUUUCUAUUGAUGAUAAUAAAAGUAGACAAACGGAAUCCAUCUCACUUACUCAUUGCAAAAUGAAGAUCAUUGCAAUAUUUGAGUAAGAAAAGGAAAGCUUUAAACACGAAAGUAUUAGAUAUAGCACGUGGUAGUUUAUUUUAAGAAGCGACGUCUGGAGCAUCGCCCUUGGCUAGAUUCUCCUUUAUCCUGCAGCUUCCUCUUCCAUCAAACUUUGUUGACCUAUAUGAAUGACAGAGUAUGGGAUUUUAAUUUCUAUGUGGCUAAUGACUGGCCGGAUGAUGAGAUCUGUUUACAUUUUCCAGGCAUGACGUUAUCUCCUCAUGGUUUACUGUUCGAAAGUGUAGGCGUCUUCUGUCCCAACGAUCGACUGGAUCUGCUUAAAUUAUUAAGGGAGGAGGAUAUUUUGAUCGACUGGACGAAGCCUCUUUACAUCAAUUUCGUUCAUUACGAUAUCGCCGAGGAGUUGAUACACCUUUACGAGGGCACGGGGACGAUCGAGAGGGUGAUAGGGGAUGUUUUUAUGUGCAAGGAUCCUCAAAACGUAGAUAACGUCGAGGAACCGGAUGAAGAAGCCCAUCCCGACAUUCAAGUUCAACCCUUGAAAGCGGAACACGCUGAGAGUAUUUACGAAUUGUAUCCAGCGAACGAUAUGGAGUGUCACGAGGUUUUCCUCCGAUUGAUCAGGACGCUUCCCGCUGCUGGAGUGUUUGCUAAGGGUAGUUUGGCAGCUUGGAUGGUUCAGUCUUAUUACGGGGCCAUGUUUUCAAUGCAAACCAAGCCUGAAUAUCGAAGGAAGGGUUACGGGACGAAAUUGGCAAGGUACCUGACGAAGCAGGUCGCUGACAGAGGUUACCAGCCUUUCGUGGUCAUACGUCCAGAAAACGAAGCCAGCCAAAGUCUGUACAAGAAACUAGGCUUUAGGAAAAUCUAUCAAACUGUUCGAAUGACGUUCAUGCCUUUCACGUGGCAAGAUGAGGAGAAUAAAACGACUCGCAUUUUGAGGGAAAAUUUGGAGAACGCUGUCAGACAGCUCACUAUCGAGCAACAAGUAGUGGAUGCUUUCAGAAACGAUGAAAUUGAAGAGAAUGAAGCAGGGAAUUCGGAAUUUGUGGUAGAGGAACCUGAGGAAGGAGAUGAGAAUCCUCCAGAGGAGGAAAGUAUCGAAGCGACGGAAGUAUCGACCGAAGAAAACGUGAAAAAUACGAUCAAUGAUACUGAAAAUGUCGAGGAUAAUGAGGGAACUGAUGAUAACGCUGAAGAAGCGGUAAAUGAUGGUGAUAAUCAAGACGAUGGGGGAACAGACGGUGGGGACGCGGAAUAAUUAAGUACACGUUCGAUUAUUCGAUAAAAGGUCCAUGAUUUACGUCGUGUUGCUCGCUCGAGGGUAUACUCUCCUCUUUCCAAGGCUGAUGGAAGAAAGAAAUCGAUCAACUAUUAGAAAAUUCACCAUACAUGUUAUGAUUUUAAAUGCAUUUUUAAAUGAACUACAACUCUCGUUUUAAAACAAUUUCUUAAAGUCUUUGUAAACAAUUUUGAAAUGAAAUCUGUAACAAUUGAAAGUAUUAGAUGUGAUAGGCAUGAUUAUAAAAUCGACCGAUUACAUACAUCGAUGUACCUUGGCUAAAAUGGCUACCUUUCGUUGGAAAGAACUCUCGAGCAGCAUGAAUGAUACAAGAAAAUAAAAGAAAAAUUAUUUUAA